GCCCCGCGCCUCCUCCUGCGUGCGCCCUGCGCGUCGCAGGCUCCAGCGCCAGUUGCCGACAGCCGCGGCGCCGCGAGCUCGUCUUCUCCCUGCCUAGGCGGGACUCCUGAUACUUUUCAAAACUGAACAAUUUCAGCUAAGCCACACCAUUCUGUCUUUGAGAGGGAUCAGUCCAGUUUAGGGAGCCACACAGAUCGCAGUUCUGGCUGUGUGGAGAAAUGCUGUUGAUUUCUGUAGGCCGACCUUGUGUCCUGCGACCUUGCUGAGUCCCAGUAUCGGUUCUCACGCUGCUCUGUUGAUUCCACUGGGUUUUCUGAUCUGUCAUGGCGAACCUUGGCUGCUGGCUGCUGGUUCUCUUUGUGGCCACGUGGAGUGACAUUGGCCUCUGCAAGAAGCGGCCGAAGCCUGGAGGAGGGUGGAACACUGGGGGUAGCCGAUACCCUGGGCAGGGGAGUCCUGGAGGCAACCGCUACCCACCUCAAGGUGGCGGUGGCUGGGGACAGCCUCAUGGUGGUGGCUGGGGGCAGCCACAUGGUGGUGGUGGCUGGGGGGGACAACCCCAUGGUGGUGGUAGCUGGGGACAACCCCAUGGUGGUGGCUGGGGACAGCCCCAUGGUGGCGGUGGCUGGGGUCAAGGAGGUGGCACCCACAGUCAGUGGAACAAACCCAGUAAGCCAAAAACCAACAUGAAGCAUGUGGCAGGUGCUGCUGCAGCUGGGGCAGUAGUGGGGGGCCUUGGCGGCUACAUGCUGGGGAGCGCCAUGAGCAGACCCAUCAUACAUUUUGGCAAUGACUAUGAGGACCGUUACUACCGGGAAAACAUGAACCGUUACCCCAACCAAGUGUACUACAAGCCCGUAGAUCAGUACAACAACCAGAACAACUUUGUGCACGACUGCGUCAAUAUCACGGUCAAGCAGCACACAAUCACCACCACCACCAAAGGGGAGAACUUCACCGAGACAGACAUAAAGAUCAUGGAGCGUGUGGUGGAGCAGAUGUGCAUCACCCAGUACCAGAAGGAGUCCCAGGCUGCUUACUAUCAGGGAGGGUCCAGCGCGGGGCUCUUCUCCUCCCCGCCCGUGAUCCUCCUCAUCUCCUUCCUCAUCUUCCUGAUAGUGGGAUGAGGAAGGCCUUCCUGUUUGCACCUCUUGUCCGUUUUGGUCCAGGUUGGGGGAGGGGGUAUCCACCUACAGCCCUUUUAGUGGUGCAUCUCAUUCUUGCUUCUCUCUUUGUCCCCCAUAGGCUAGUACCCUCGACACUGAUGGGCACUGGAAAACGUAGAGUAGAUCUGAUGCUAUUUUUUUCAAGAUCCCUUUGAUUUGAGUCCUUCAUAGGCCAGUGCUAAUGCUGGGCCAGUAAGAAUGUAACAGCAAAGAAUCACUGGUUGAUCUAGGCUUAUUUUUGGUUAGUGCAACAGGUUGAAGGUAAAAUGAUCUCAAAACAGUCCUCAAAUACUUUUGCCUGGAUUCCUCUGGUUCCUUCAGCAUCCAGAGCUCAGGACACGAGUGCCCCAGCAUAGCACUGAUUUCAUAGAAAUUUGGAGACUUUUUUUUUUAUCCCUUUUAAGAAAACCUGAGAGCAUUUCUGCCAAAUCUGGAAAGAGGCCACAUGAUACUCACAAAAAAGAAAAUGCUAGCAAUCCUUAGCUCUCGGGCCGCAGGCUCAGCCCACUGGAGCAUGUGCCAUGUGUCUGUAGAGGGCUGAGGUUUUUGCAGAAUGGUCUGCACAGCAGUUGCUGCAUCAAGAGUAAAUACCGGUGCAACCCCAGACCUCCAGCCAGAGCACAUGUCACAGGGGAUGCUUGUAACUAAAAGACAAACGCUUCGGGGACUACAAAAUGCAGCAUUUGAAAAUGUGCCCUUGGAGACACUCCCGUUAGGGAUCCACGUGUGGUGUUCCCUUCUUCAGUGACAUAAACUAUAGAUAAUUAAGACUGUGGAAAAAUAAUAAAUUAUCUUCUAAACACCAAAGGCAAAUCUCCUUUGUUCAUUUCCUGGAAACUAGGAUGAUUUUAACCAUGUUUGGGUAAAACCAGGAAAUGUUUAACUCCCAGGAAAGUUGAAGCUGUAAAAGUAUGAUCCUCCUAAAAGAUUACAUAAUGAAGGAAGUGAUUGCACACAAAGAAAAAAGAGCUUAUGAUUCUUCAUUGCGUCUCAUAAUUGUCAAAAACCAGAAUUACAGUGCUUCCUUGAUUUCUGUAAUUGGUUUGAAUCAAAGAACAAGGAGACAAUCUAAAAAAAAAUCUAAGGUUGCAGAUGACAGAAAUCUGGUUCAUUCCGAGUAGACAAAGAUAUUCUGUUACUAUUGUAAAAGUAAGAUACGGUUAUUCCCUAAAUUGUUCAAUAUGUCACCUACUAGAUAUAUAGAUAUAGAUAUAUAGAUGUAUAUAUAUAUUACAACUGCAAUGUUACUGGCUUGCACUGUGCAGGUAUUCUUUGUAGAAAUAUAUACAUAUAAAAUAUAUAUUGGAUAUGACAAACCUAGAAGUUUUUGUUGAGAGCCGUUAACAUCUGAGACAUCUAAUGCAUUAAUCGUUUUGUAAGGUACUGAAUACUCCACACAUGAGAACCUUUUUGUGUGGCCCUUAGGCUUACAAUGUGCACUCAAUAGUUUUGUAUGAGAAUCCAAAAUGAACACCUUAACUGGUGUUUGCAGUAUGCAUGUACUUUACAUUUUCUAUAUUUGUAACUUUGCAUGUCCUUGUUGUUGUAUAAAAAUUUGUAAAUGUUUACUAUCUGACUGAAAUUAAACAGGGGCUAAGAUGAGCACCGCCCAAGAAGUUUGUGAUUGGUUUCACUGAUGCUGGAGGGUCCCUGUGGGGUUAACCUGAGUUAUGUGGUGUGUUCAGACCCACGCCUGAGGUGAUGGCUGAUUCCAGUGUCCUGCCCCAUCCUUCCCAUCACUGACUAGUUUAUUUCUGCUGCCUUCUCGUUUUAUCUGUGGGUAUCUCUAGUGUCCUCAGCCCUGGGUAAACUGCGAAGCCGCUCUUGAGGCAGGAAAAAUGUAGUCCUCACGCUCUGGGAGUUUGUUUUGGUUUUUAUGGUGCUGGGGAUUGAACCCAGGGCCUUGAUGCAUGUUAGUAAAAUUGUGUACCAUUGAGCUACACCUCCAGCCCCUAUAAAUAGAUUUUCUUGGUUAAAAUGAAACGUAACAAGCUCUGGAGUACCCACUCUGUGCCUUCUUAGCUCAGGGCCUGUGAUCCCCAGUGACAGUCACCCUCCUCAGACUUAACACCUUUGGACCAAAAGGCCACCUCCAUGUGUC